GACGACGGGAAUCAAUUAAAGUCGGGGACUGCAGGGGUGGAUCUGGAGCCCAGCCUGUCCGUAGGCGGAACUACGGCAGUUUUGCAUACAGCUCCGACAAACCAAUUCCAACAACAUCCUCGCACCGAGUCACCCCAAGCGAAGCCCUCACGAUGUGGAAGCCCAACAGGCUCGUGUCGUCCGUCGCAGACCUGCAAAACGGUCGCUGUCUCAGCUGUCAAUUGCGCACGGCGACGGCGUACCUCCACAAGCCAGCGCUGCGGUACUAUACCAACGGCAAAACCAGCAGCAAAGCCUCCGCACCAAGCAAAGCCACGGACGCCAGCAAGAGGGCCGUCGCAUCGAAACCGAUCUACUCGCCGACAGCGUCCAAGAUCCCAUCACUAUCGACCAGCCAACCAGGCGACAAGGACUUCGUGCCUCCGUCUCUGGACCGACCGAUAGGGUCGACCGUGCCACCGCAGGAGGGCCAGAACACGGGCGUCGACGACCGAUCGUUCCGGCAACGACGCGAUGACUUCGUGAACUACGAGCGACACCUGGAGAGGCGGAAAGAACUAGCCAACCAAGUAAUCCAACCCUACUUCCGCGACUGGAGCAACAUGCGUCACCACUCAGGCAAGACCUUCCGGUCGAACACACGGCUCUUCAAGCGGGACAAGGCGCUAUACUUCCCGAACAUGUGCGGACUGACGCUAGCAUCGGCGGGCAAGCCGCGGCACACGACGCCGCUCUUCCGGGGCCGGAUCACAGUGGUCAGCCUGUUCUCGGGACUGUGGGCGGAGACGCAGGCGGCGACGUUCACGCACGCGGACAAGAACCCGGGCCUGUACGAGGCGUUCCGGGCGGCUGGCGGCGACAAGGACAAGGACGGCAGCGUCGUGCAGAAGGUCGACAUUAACCUCGAGGAGAACGUGCUGAAGCGGAUGCUGGUGCGGAUGUUCAUGGGGUCGAUGCGGAAGAAGUUGCCUGCGGCGCAGCAUGAGCGGUAUUUUCUCGUGAGCAAGGGUGUGGACCGCAGUCUCAAGGAGAUGAUCGGUAUGAUGAACUCUAAGGUUGGGUAUGUGUAUCUGCUGGAUGAGAACUGUCGGAUUCGGUGGGCGGGUAGUGGAAAUGCUGAGCCGCAGGAGUUGGAGGCGUUGAAUAAUGGCGUGCGGAAGUUGGUACAGGAGCGGCGCGUCAGUGUCGAGAGUGAGACGCCGGCUGCGGAGUGGGCUAGCGAGGAGAAGGGAGAGCAGGUGAAGAAGGCUAGGGUGGUUAUGCCUUGAUACUCUUGCGUACCAGCAAAUGGGGCCCACGGGAGAA